AUGAUGGGGAAAAAGAGAGGGAUUAUGCCAAUCGUGUGGAACGGUCAGCAAGAAUUCUAUGAAGAAAUAGACUUGGAAGGGGAUAAUGGAAUAAAAUGCAGCCUCAAAUUGACACAAACUUAUCAACAAAAUAUGUCGAAAAUAGGUGGUCCAUCCUGGAGUGUGCUUGGAGCCAUGUUAUUGAAGAACGAGGUUCGAUUGAUAGUGCCGCGCUGUUCACCCCUGAUUGGUUGGGGACAAGUUAAAGAGGAUAACAUGGAUGCUAUAGUAGGAUGCCUUAUGGUGUGUCAUGGGGGACUCCUCUGCAUCAUACAUACACAUGGUAAUGUGCAGCACCUGAUAGAGAAGUGCCUGAUCUUCCGCAUGACGAAAGAAGAGUGCAUGGAAGCCCUUUCUAAGCAUGCAAACAUCACACCAGUUAUCACUUCUACCGGUAUUACUUUCCUCUCUCUCUCGACCCUCCAUUCUUGGGGCUACAGCUAUCAUUUUCCCUAUGCGCAUGCAUGCACACACGUUCUAAUGGAUAAUUCUCAUGCAGUGUGGAAGGAGUUAGAGAAGGAGAACAAGGAAUUCUUUGAGGCAUAUGCUCAAUCUCAGAGCAAAGAAGAUCAAAUGUCCGAGGCCGAGACGAGCGAGAUGAUUCAGAAGAUGAUAUCUGAUCAUGAGCAAUCAAAAGAUCCCAAAGUGUAA